AUGGUACAGCUGAACCGAGAUCAGGCUAUCCAGAGGGCUCAAUGCCAUAUUGAUGCCAUAAGAAGAGAAGCUGGACUAGACGGCACCAGCGGAAGGAGUCGAAAUGUCGAGAAUCUCCAGAACGCCCUUCACACCCUGGCGGAUGAAUUGUACCAGAAGUCGACUCAUUUCCUCCUAGAGCUGAUACAGAACGCCGACGACAACGAGUAUGAUGACGCCGAACCUAGCAUUUCGCUAACGUACCAGAACCGACGUCUCAGGAUCGACUGCAAUGAGAGAGGGUUUAGUGAAAAGAAUGUUGAGGCCAUCUGCAGGGUGGGCAGUAGUACCAAAGCUGGUGCGAAUCGAGCGACUGCAUAUGUUGGAGAAAAGGGCAUUGGCUUCAAAUCGGUCUUCAAAGCCGCUGAUGUUGUCUGGAUCGCGUCUAACUCCUACACCUUCAAAUUCGACAAGCAGCAGGUUUUAGGUAUGAUCGCGCCCAUCUGGGAGCCGUUUCCUGAACCCUCAACGCCACUCAUGACAUCUAUGCUGUUGCAGUUGUCUCCGGACUUCGAUGAGACGCGGCUGCUCUCAGACCUCAGAGAGUUCGACCCGCGUAUGCUCAUGUUUCUUCGCCGCUUGAGAACUGUAAAGAUUACGAUUCGAGAUGGCGGACUGACAUGGCAAACUACACUCAGCAAGACCGUCAGUACUAGCCACGGCGAAACAGCGAUUGAGUUGAACCGGGAUGGUGCAGUCAUGAAGUAUCUAGUCAGCUCACACAGUGCUAGAAACCUUCCAGUUGAGCCCAAGCGUCCUGGGGCAAGUGAAUCUCAGAUCCUGCUUGCCUUCCCAGACGUAGUAGACCAGCCAUUGACAUCUCAAAAGGUGUACGCCUUCCUUCCAAUCCGAGAUUAUGGCUUCAAGUUUCUCCUCCAGGGAGAUUUUCUGCUUUCUGCGAGUCGAGAGGAUGUUUUGUCUGAUUCGCCAUGGAACAGAGCCCUCCGAAGAGAGUUUGUCGGCGCGUUCGUUGCUGUCACCAGGGCAUACAGUCACGGUCAAUUAUGUUAUAUCUGGCCCAGGUUCAUCCCAUUCAAUCUAACGCAGCAGCAUUUCUUCGAACCAGCCAGACGCGAAAUCAUGAAAACUCUCUCUCGACAACCGGUGUUGAAGUCUAGAAGUCAAGAGCUGAUGAUGCCGUCCUCCCUUACGUACGUCCCCUUGGACUUCUGCGACAGAGAUGGGGUUCCGAUGACUUCGUCCCCAAGAAACGAUAAGGGAUAUCUGUGCCACCGAUAUGAUGUGUCACUUCAUGAUAAUCUCGAAGCACUAGGCGUCACAAAGAUGACUGCGGCCAUAUUCUUGGAGCAUUUGGAUCAUUACAUCGAUCAAAAUACAACCUUGUUCCAGGGGACGAAAUCAGCUGAGUGGCAUACGAGGCUUGCAGAAGUCCUCCUGAAGCUUUCUUUCGAUAUUGAAUGCCAAGAAAAGCUUCGCAAGCUACCGAUCAUUCCUCUCAAUGACGGGAGAUGGGUUUCUGCCAAAGAGAAGAACGUCUUUCUCUCUCAGGAGGCCGAAGGUUGCAUGGCCCCCGAGGGUCUCGCAUUCCGACUGGUUCGAGAGGAUGCUGCUAACAAUCCCACAGCUCGAGCUCUAUAUCUUCAGCUCGGGCUCAAGGUCUUCGGCCAAGAUGCCAUCGCCGAUUACCUCCUUCAUAUCCAUAGGCAGCCUUCUUUCAACCCCAAGAAUCUGACCGUCACACAUCUGAUAUCUCAAGCGGUGUUCCUUUUUAGAGCCAGAGUACACGACUAUGAGGUUAGAUAUCUCUGGCUCGCUACAACUGAUGGUUCUGACCGCUGCCGGGCAGAAAGCGCAUAUCUGCCCUGUCAGGCUCCGUUUGCAGCAAGCAACUACUUUGCUGGCCGGAAUGAUAUCUAUUUCAUACAUCCACACUAUUUGAAUGCCGUGGAGGAUGACCUAGCGAACUGGCUGGAGUGGCUGGAGAACAUUGUCAAGAUUUCCAUUCUACCACGACUCACCCAGCUUGACGGAGAAUCACCGUAUUCUUUUGGUCUAUCUCGUCAUUUCGCUUUGAUUAUGCAGACUUCCAGAGAUUUCCUGGUCCUCCUGAGAGAUAACUGGGGAUAUUACUCUCGAUGGUUGGAAGACGAUGCCGGCGGUGCUCGAGAUGAUUCGAGAAAGGCAAGACAAGCAUGUCGAGAGAAGCUCAGAAGCUCGCUGCAAGAAGCGCAAGUGCAGUGCGUUGGAGGCACGACCAAGGCUCUGCGAGAGGUAUUCCUGCCUAUCCCAGAACUUGUCCAACAAGCAAAUGGUCAGGUACCUUUCGUUGAUGUUGACGACCCUCUUGACCCUCGCUGGCAAAGGUUGAAAAUUUUGGGCCUUGGUGUCGAGGGCGACGUUUGCUUCUAUCUUCGAUGUCUAGAAGCACUGAGCGGAACAAAAGAUGCAACUGUUAUCGACAGGGCUUCGUUGAUGCUUGAACAAGUCCAAGCUCGAUGUUCAGAACUCCCCGACCUUGUGAAACAGUCAUUCAACGAAAAGCCUCUUGUUUGCGUCCCAAACAAAAGACCUGGAGGAGAACCUCGCUGGGUCAAGGUGCAAGAUUGCUUAUGGAGCGGCCCAGAAUGUCUUCGACGGUUUGUUGCUCUCAAGAACAUAUAUCCAUCUUGUCAGCGGCUUUUCCGUGACUUCUUCCUCCGUCCGGACGCUGGUAUUGCAGACCUCGUACGGGAGGCCAAAUUGCUAAACGUCGGCGACCCUCUAUCUUACAUCAAAGCUCUAUUUCUCGAAAUCGAGAAACAUCUAGAAAAGGACGAGAUGACGACGGCGAUCGACUCACUUCAGACACAUUACAUCUGGCCUGUCUACAAUACGAGCAAUGAAGACCAGUGGGAUAUGCUUGGAUGUGCCAAGAACUUGGAUCCGUGGUUCAUUGCUGAUAGAACACAUCUACUGGAGAGCUUUAGUGGGAUCGUGCCCUUGCUUGCUUUUCAGGUCGAGGAUGUAUUGAAAAUCCCGCUCCUGAUUCGGAAACUAGGCGGUGACAAACGACGGCUGACACGAGCGGUGACCAGCAUUGCAGAGACUGUUGGUUCCUUCCGACCUGACCUGGAUCGACAAGUUGACCUGCGGUCAAGGGCAGAAUUCAUAGCAAGACUGAUUCCAAAGAAAGAGCAUAGCAAGAAAGAAAAAGCGGCUAAGCUCAAGUCACUACAAGCAUUUUCCACCGCCAGAGUCAUUCAGAAAUGGUCCGUGAAAGUUGCCUUGGAGAACAGGUCGGGACGUUCAAAGGAUGGGAAUGUUGUCUUGUCCACGGAGCACAACCGCCUCGAAAUCUAUUUUAAAAACGGGUAUUUUGAAUCAAACAAGGUCCCGAGAGAUCUAAUCGAGGCCAUCGCUAGCUUCUGUGGGAUCGAAGAUAAAGGCUUAUUUCUUCUCGCCAUCGCUCUACAAGAGGACAUUCCGAACAUACAGAGAUGCUUUCAGGAGCACGGAGUUCCGACCCUUAAUCUGGAUGAUGAGACAGAGGAUGAGUUUGAAGACAUUGACGACUACGAUCCGCGAAGGUUCCAGGGUCGGGGCACUGGAGUCCAUCAAAAUGGGCGAAAGAGCACGCUCAAAGCAGACCUAGUCCGUAUGUUCACCUCUGUCGGUAUGCUUGCUCCCGGCUUGGGCUCCGGAGGCAUCUCUUUCUAUCACGGCUCGAACAAUUCCGACGAGGCUUUUGUGAUGACCGGCGGAUUCAGCAGUCUCGGCGCUAACGAUCUCUAUAUGGAAGAAGAUGAUGAAGAUGAUACUAAAUCUGUUGCGUCACGAGCCUCGUCGACAUUUUCCGGUUCAACACUGGGUGGCAGCAAGAUGAAGAUCUUCGCUGCAAUUCCCGCGAGAAUGAUCCGGCGAAGUACCAUCUUCUCCGAAAACAUGCGACGGGAGGUUGACGACAAUCUGGAGUUUGUCGGGCAGAAGAAGGUUUCGGAAGAACUACGACGCAUGCUUAACGCUGCUUAUAAUCCAGAUGACCACUGGACCAACAGUUUGAGGGCAAGAAAUGGACACAAAACAUUUGUCCGGGAACAAAAUAACAACGGGAAGGCCAAGCUGUAUGCCAGCUUCACGGUCAAUGACACCAGCAAAAUGUUCACUCGUUAUGUCGCGGAGUGUUACCCAGAGGCCAAGAGAUGGAUCAAGCGUCCACCUGUGUAUCACCUUGAUGUGAGAACGACCAAAGGGGACUUGAACUCUGAAUUCUCAUAUAGCAAUGAUCAGUGGAAGAUGGCGCGCAUCUACACCAUUCCAGAAUCAACAGAUACCGGCAUUCCAACAGACGUGUAUUUCCUCGUACGCGUCUUUAAUGCGGAUAAGGACCCGGAGAUACAGUUCCUGCUAGAUCCAUGGUCGCUCUAUCUCCAGGACAUGUUGCGGUUGAAGGCGGAGCAGGAGUAUCGUGCAAAUAUUCACGGGCUUAGGGCGUGA